GCCAGUCCCGGCAUGCUUCGCGGCCGCCGGCGGUCGAGCGCAGACGAGAGGAAUUUUCCCCGUGAGGAGCCCGGGCUCGGUUCAGCUGCUGUGCAGACCUGGGUCGGCGAGAGUGCCCCUCCAGCCGUUCUCCUACCGCUCGCCUGUCAGUCUGAACGCCCCCUGCCCUCCCGCGAGGGCGCCCCGGGACGGAAGGAUCCACCAGCCUGUCGGCGCCCGCCGUUCUCGUGGUCGCCGUCGCCGUCGUCGUUGUGAUAGUCUCUGCCGUCGCGUGGGCC